AUGGCCAUGCACAUGGCGUGUGCUGCCAAUUCCCGAUUGGGCCAUGUUACGAGCUGUCAGAUGCUGCGGGCUUGUCGGUGGGAAAACAAGGGCGAACUGGCAGAGCCGUUGAUCGUAUUAAGAUCCAAGGCAUCUCCCUUUGCACACCGGCUGCUUUCUCCAAGUCUCUGCUCCCUGAUUGAUGAGAAAUCGGUGCCCUGCAAUCUGCGAUCCAAGCCCUGGGUCAACCUCCACCCACGGUCGAUAUUCGAUCCGCCAUCGCCCGUAGCCCGUCCAUCUUACGACGGUACGCUCACUGCCAGCCUGAGUCCCGGAAGUCCCGCGCCACACUCGCUCGCUCACCGGAAAUUCUAUUCACGCCGCUGUCAACCGGCCACCUCGAUCAAAUACGCUGGCCUGGAGGUUCUCGUUCUGUGCCACCACCACCACCACAUACCAAACUUCCAUCUCACUACCGUCCAACCCGCAACGCCCCCGCCAUCCUUGAUCAUUUUUCUCGUCAUCCUCGGAUCUGGUGCGCUUGUCAUCUGUGGCUUUGCAGUAAUGCGCUUCUACGGAGGCGAUAUAGAAGAUCAGUCGAGUUACAAUGCUCGCAGUCCUGAACAAGAUGCGUAUAUGCGAGAGGUCAGGGAGCGAAACUGGAACAAGCUGCCGAAUUUUGCCCACCAGCAUCGCCGAGGCAAUCCCAAUCAAAACAUGGCCCACGCUCCUAUCAGUGCAACAAGCGGCAUGGAGGAUGGAGGUCGCACAUGUCUCGACAUGGAGAUGCGUGGUACAAGGGUCAUGGCACCUACCAACCCCGAGCGCCUGCCCACGGCCGAUUCGUAUCGCAAGGCCAUAACGCAAAGAUGGAAAGACCCUGCGAGACAGCAGCGAUGCGCUCGAAAACGGUCGUAUACACAGAGCGGUGGUGACGUCAUUGGCGUCGACCUGAAGAGCCAUGCCAACAUUUGGGUGGGCGACCUACGUGAUGAGGCAGCGUUCAUCUGCAAAUUUCCCAUGUUUUCUAAACAGUCAGCCUUUUCCUACACAUGGCAGAAACGAAGGUGUUUGCAAGGGUUUGUACUCUCCGAAUCAAAAGCCAGUUGUGGCGACUGA